GCGCGCGACCUUUCUAUUUUAUGUCCACUGUCAUCCUCGGACAAGCUUUGACGGGAUUUCCGAGAUUCUGUUAAAUAGACCAUCAGAACAAUAAGAGAGUAAACACGGAUUAAUUUGUUCUGGAGUAACCUUUGUCAGGAUGUCAACAAGUGACCCCCCUCCCGAAUACACUGAAAUAGAGGACAGAUUCACGGAAAUAGAACUAUGUGAUAUUAAAACUGAUGAUAAUGUCGAGGAAACCACGCAAUCUACAAUCGCAGAAAAACAAACAGUACACACGGAAAACGGUAGAUCAAAGGAGAUUUCCUCAGAUCCAAAAACUAAAACUUCAAAAAGAGCUGUCCUGAGAAAUCUUGCACGACCAUGUCUACAAGAGGCAAAUCCACUUCCAGAAAACCCAACAGUAUUGGACAAAAUCAAAGACAUAUUCCUACUUCCUCCACAUGGAAUUUUGGGAUUUAUUUUACAAAUCACCAUCAUCUGUCUACAAAUUUGGGGCGUUCUUGUUGCUAUUACCGGAAGUGAAGCGCUACCUGGCGGAAAUUUCUUCUCUCUUCUCGUCCUUUUUGUCGUCUCCGUCAUCGGUGGACGCCUGGUAUCAUUGAUCAAUCUGCCCCCAUUGUUAGGUAUGUUGAUAGUUGGGAUUCUUUUAAGAAACAUUCCCGGAAUCAAGAUUGUAGGCGAAAGCAUCGACACAAAGUGGUCCGGGCACCUCAGAAAACUUGCUUUGACUGUGAUAUUACUCCGCGCUGGCCUCGGUUUGGACAUCGUUAAACUCCGGAAGUUGUCUUUCGCCGUUCUCCGUCUCGCUUUCACUCCCUGUCUCUGUGAAGCUAUAACCGGAGGAAUAGUGGCUCAUUUCUUGCUGGGAUUCCCAUGGACAUGGAGCUUGAUGCUGGGUUGUAUCCUUGGUGCUCUAUCUCCAGCUGUUACUGUUCCCUCCCUUGUAAGUCUCCAAGAGCGCCGUUAUGGUGUUGCUAAAGGUAUUCCUACCAUGUGUCUUGCGGCUGGAGGACUAGACAAUGUGCUCUGUGUCACUGGGUUCGCGGUAUUCGUCGGAAUCAAAUUUUCUGAGGGUGACUUGGCGGUGACUAUUAUCAAGGGACCGUUAGGGGUGUUACUUGGUGUUGUAUAUGGAUUUGCAGCUGGAAUAUUGUUAUGGUACCUCCCGGGAAAAGAUUCCAGUAAUUCUUUAUUCUAUCGUGGUAUGUUGUUGUUUGGAUGUGGGAUGAUCGCCAUUUUUGGAAGUUCCGCCGUUGGCUUGUCUGGGGCAGGACCGCUAGGAUGCUUAACAACUGCUACUGUGGCGGCCUAUAGAUGGCGCCAGGAGAGACAACCGGGGGAAACCGAUGAGUUAGGAGGGGUCAUAGCGCUUGCAUGGUUGAUCGUACAGCAUUUCCUAUUUGGUCUCAUAGGAGCAGCCGUUGAUAUUGGCAACAUACAAGCAAACACUGCAGGCCUUGGCAUAGCAACUCUGUUCAUUGGUUUGUGUGUCCGAAGCGGCGUAUCAUUCAGCGUUACCUUGGGAACAGGUUUUAAUAUCAAAGAGAGGAUUUUCAUCACAUUAACAUGGCUCUCCAAAGCCACCGUGCAGGCUGCCAUCGGUGGUUUGGCGUUGGAUAAAGCAUUAGAGGGAGACAAUCAAGACGACAUCCGGAUGGGUACAGAUGUCCUCACCAUCGCCGUCCUGGCUAUCGUCAUAUGCGCUCCUGUAGGAGCCACGUGUAUGGCUAUUUUUGGACCUCGAUUUUUAGAACAUGGAUACGAGGAAGAAGUACAGGUAGAGUGUGGCGGAAAUUCGACGUCAUCUACAAAUGGCGCAUGUCAGAAAGAAGAAAGUGAAUUAAAGACAGAAACACUUAAGAUAUAAUGAAUCCAUGAACUCUGUCUUGAUAGCCCAAUGUGCUUCCUUUUUUUAUAUUUCAGCUCAAAACAAAAAUAUUUUGUGCGUUCUACCUUAUUAUUUGUUUAAUUACUUUACCAUGUUUGAUGAGUUCAGUGCAUUUUAAAUAAAAAAUAUUUA